GGAGGCGCAGGCGGAGCCCGGCGGCCGCUCAGAACCCCCGCCCCUGCCCGUUGCAGCCGUCUGUCGGGGGCCCGCGGCGACCCUCGCCUCCAGGCACUGGGCGAGCAGCGAUACCGGGUCCAUGGCCACCGCGGCGGCUCCGUCCUCCUUGGCCCUCAGCGUCUCGAGCCCGGCCGCGGCCGCCAGCUCCUACGGGGUCUUCUGCAAGGGGCUCUCCCGCACCCUGCUCGCCUUCUUCGAGCUGGCCUGGCAGCUGCGCAUGAAUUUUCCGUACUUCUACAUCGCGGGCUCCGUGCUCCUCAACAUCCGCUUGCAGGUACACAUUUAGAGCGCUGACUGAGCAGCCGGCCUCCCGGGCCAGCACUAUGGCGUACUCCCGGGAGGCCCGGAGGCGAAGCGGCGCUGCGGCCGAGGAAGUCCGCAGUCUCGCGAGAAUGCCUGGACGCCCUCCGCGACUGCGCUCUCCCGUCUUAACCCGGCUCCCAGAGGCUGGCGGAAAGCCUGCGGUGACUAGGAAGAGGAAACGCGCGGUUUUCCGGCGGCAGCUAAGAAUCGCCCCUAAGGCCCACGACAAUAUGUAAGUAGCUGGGCAUCCUUAAAACAAAAACAGGACAAGCAGGAUGCAUUACAGAAAAAAGCUACUAAAAUUUUAAGGAAGAAAAGUUUUUAAGUGACAACAAACUUAUGGUCCAAAUUAAAAUGAGAAAUCAUAAAUUCCGGGAAUAUUGGAUUGGAUUGUAAGCAAGACGUUGAAUGAGUAAGAAGCUGAAGAUCUUAAGGAUAUGAUGUGGAAGGCGUAUAUUUCUUCGUCCCACGAGAGAAAACAAUGACAAUCAGAAAUUUUAAGUGAAAAAAACCUGAAACUGUACAGGAAGAGCGUCUUUUUAGUACCAAACAACGUAAAAUGCUGCAGGAUUUUGAACAGAGGGUUGGAGUGUAAGAAAGUGGACUCUAUUUCAGUGUCCCUGUGACUAGCAUGUGGUUCAAGACUUUGGAGCCAAAGAGAAAGAAAUCCAGAUAUAUAGCACAGAACUUGGCUGUUUAGUGACUAACACUUAAAUAAUCGUAAUAAUUAAUAUAAAUGUUGUUUAUGGUUUUUAUCUUUUAAAACAAUUCUUAAUUAUGGUUACAAAGUAGAAUGCAAAUGUUAGCAGCCUUGAUAAUGUAAAACAGUUUUCAAAUGGGGACGUUGAAGGGGGAGGGGAAGGCAAAUGGAAUAGUAGUGGGUGUUUUUAUCAAGUGGGAAAUUGAAAGAUAGUCUGUUGUUGAUGAGGGGAAAAAAUGCAUAUUAUUUACAGAGUAGCUAUAAAGUUGCUAAAAUAGUAAUACGACUAUAUUAAAGAGGGAGGAGAGUAGGGGAGAACAGCAUGAAGUCAACAAGAAAUGCCUAAAGAUGGAGAGUUCAGGUGGAAUGUCUCAAAAAGAAAAACUGGGAGUAGCUGGUGUGUUUGAAUAUGGAGUCAAGAGAUUGUUAUUCAGUCUGGAGAUGAAUUAAUUAAUGGUCUGCAGAUUUUUUUUAAAAAUUAAGAAAACAAAACUGAGGCAAUUAUGAACCCCAGGAAAAAUAAGGUUUUUCAAGAAACUACACUGCAUACCUCAGCUGCAGUAAUACUAGUCAUAUAAAGUCAGUCGUAAUUAUGAAAACAUUGGAUACCAGUGUAACAAGAAAUGAUUAUGUAACAUUGGGAUUGGAGAGGGGAGAGCUGUGUGUGUAAUGGGGGGAACAUCAGUCAAGAUCUAAUUUAGAAAAGUCAAUAAAUAAACAGUAUAAACAUGU